CCUCUGAGCUGUAAAGUAACGGUGUAAUGGGAACCUAACGUGGGCGCAUCGCAGCAAGAGUUUAGAUCCAAAACUCCUAAAUUACUAGGUACAGUUGGAGCCGCAGAGGCAGCAGUAAUGCUCCGGAGACUCCCCGUCGCUGCUCCGCUGGCCGCCGGGCUGCGGUGGCUCUCCACCGGCUCGGGGGUCGUCACCGACCCGCUCAACUACUGGGCUGCGCAGCGGAGGCCGAGCCGCGGACAGGGGAACAAGGAAAACGUCUACGAACCAGCAACAGGACGGGUCCUGUGCUGUUUGGACCCAUGUGGUGCUGGGGAGGUGGACCAGGCUGUGAAGGCUGCCCAGUCAGCGUUCAGCCACUGGAGCAAGAUGUCUGGGAUGGAGAGGGCGAGGAUCAUGAUAGAAGCUGCACAUUUAAUUGAGAGCAGGAGAGAGGAGAUUGCUGAGAUGGAGGUGGUGAACAACGGGAAGUCCAUCACAGAGGCCCGUCUGGACGUGGACUCUGCCAGACUGUGUAUCGAGUACUACGCAGGACUGGCCAGCACUCUAGCAGGCCAGCAUGUCCAGUUGCCGGGAGGAUCCUUUGCUUACACCCGGCGGGAACCUCUCGGGGUGUGUGUGGGCAUCGGUGCCUGGAAUUACCCCUUCCAGAUCGCUGCCUGGAAGUCGGCUCCGGCUCUGGCUUGUGGCAACUCCAUGGUUUUUAAACCAUCGCCAGUGACGCCUGUGACGGCGGUCUUGUUGGCAGAGAUAUAUGCAAAAGCCGGAGCUCCAGAGGGGCUGUUCAACGUGGUCCAGGGCGGCCAGGAGACCGGCAGCCUGCUGUGUCAUCAUCCUGAUGUGGCCAAAGUGUCCUUCACUGGGAGCGUGCCCACAGGACAGAAGAUCAUGGAGAUGGCAUCAAAGGGGGUCAAACCUGUGACUCUGGAGCUCGGGGGGAAAUCUCCUCUGGUCAUCUUCGAGGACAGCGACCUGGAGAACGCUGUGAGGGGAGCGCUCAUGGCCAACUUCCUCUCGCAAGGCCAGGUGUGCAGCAACGGCACCAGGGUGUUUGUGCAGAGCAGCAUGCUGCCGGAGUUUGUGCAGGAGGUGGUGAGGAGAACCCAAGCCAUCACCAUAGGAGACCCGCUGGUGGAGGACACCAGGAUGGGAGCUCUGGUCAGCCAGGCACAUCUCGACAAAGUCUUGUCUUUUGUCGAUCAAGCAAAAAAAGAGGGAGCCGCUGUGUUGUGUGGAGGAGAACGUUUCGUCCCGUCUGAUCCCAAACUGAGAGGUGGAUACUACAUGACUCCGUGUGUUCUGGGUGACUGCACUGAUGAGAUGACCUGCGUGAAGGAGGAGAUCUUCGGCCCCGUUAUGUCCGUGUUGUCCUUUCAAACCGAAGAGGAGGUUCUCCAGAGAGCCAACAACACCACCAUGGGUCUGGCUGCAGGCGUCUUCACCAGGGAUGUGAGGCGAGCACAUCGUAUGGUUGAGCAUCUCAAGGCCGGCUCCUGUUUCAUCAACAACUACAACAUCACGCCGGUGGAGGUUCCGUUCGGAGGAUUCAAAAUGUCAGGGUUCGGGCGGGAGAACGGCCAGGUGACCGUUGAGCACUACACCCAGCUAAAGACCGUGUUUGUGGAGAUGGGGGAUGUGGACAGCCUCUUCUAGACCACACCAGCGGAGGAAUCCUCGGUUAUAAAGCUGAUCCAUGGACCCAAACAGACGUCUGGACUAACACGUCUGUCAGAACCAAAGACAAACCCUUCAAAUGUUCCACAUCAACACAAAACACGAGCCGCCAUCCCCGGGGCCCAAGCCGUCCAUCCUCCAGUUAACUGUUCGGGAACUGAGAGGAAAAUGUGAAGCAAACUGAAGCUACAGUAACCGUGCCAAAUAGCAAUAAAGUCAUUUAGAAAUAUAA